CUGAGCAGUGAGCCGAGCCAGUGGCAGGGCUUUGGGAGAAUCCGGUACAGCACGGACGUACGACCGUGACGGGAGCGUAAGCCGAGGUGUGCAGAAGAAUGUAAAUUUCAGAACUCCGUGCAGUCAGUCGGUUGACGGGCGGCCAUUUUGCUGCUCAGCAUGAAGCGGCUCCAAUGGGAGCAGCUGCGCGGAAGCGCCGUGAGUGGCUGCUGCUGUCAGGAGGGACGAAUAAAAACUCGCUUCUUUUUUUCCCUUUUUUUUUUUCUCUUGACCUUCAUCAACUUUGAGUGAGCAAACUCCACGUUACAGACUCACGCGCGCAAACAGGUUUGGACAGAAUGGGUCCCAGAAAAAGAGGGGCGCGAAAGAGGAAAAGAAGCCAAGAUGCUUUGGUGGAGGAAGACAGCCAAAACACAGAGAGGAAGGCUGAUGAAGAGGAGGGAGACGGGAGGAGGAAGAAGAAGAAGUACAUCGGAGCCCACGUUGGAAUUCAAGGUGGAGUAUGGAAAGCAGUGGAGUCGUGUCUACAGAUGGGAGGAACGAGCUUCGCCUUGUUUCUGGGCUCCCAGCGUUCCUGGAAGAGACCAGCUCUGGAUCCAUCUGCUGCAGAAAAGUUCCGCGUUCAGUGUUCCUCGCACGGAUUUGAUCCCGCUCACAUCGUGCCCCAUGGCUCCUACCUGAUGAACUGUGGAUCUCCUAAAGAGGAUGUGUUUGCGAAGAGCCAGGAGCUGCUGGUGGAUGAGCUCGGCCGCUGCCACAUGCUGGGCCUGAGGCUGUAUAAUUUCCACCCUGGCUCCUCACUGGGGACCAUCACCACUGAACAGUGUGUGGAAAAGAUAGCUGGAGCCAUUAACCACGCCCACCAACAAAUACCAGAUGUGGUUACAGUGUUGGAGAACAUGAGCGGCCAGGGCAGCACAGUGGGUGGUAAGUUCUCAGAACUCAGGGGCAUCAUCGACAGGGUGAGAGACCAGAGCAGAGUAGGGGUGUGUUUGGAUACCUGUCACGCAUUUUCAGCAGGCUAUGAUCUGGCAGCAGAGGGAGGGGUUAAGGCCAUGCUGGAUCAGUUUGAUCAGGAAGUGGGACGUCACUAUCUCAAAGCAGUCCACCUCAAUGAUUCCAAAGGUCAGCUCGGCUGUCAUCUCGAUCGGCAUGAAGAUGUAGGUAAAGGAAACAUCGGGAUCUCUGCGUUCCGGGACAUCGUCAAUGAACCCAGACUGGACAACAUCCCUCUGAUUCUGGAGACGCCGGGACGGCCUGGGUUUGAAUAUGCAGAACAAAUUGAGCUUCUUCAUUCCCUGUGUGAAGAAAAAUGAAAGGUAUGAAGGUGAAACGCUGCAGUAGCUGUCGCCCUGACGCCAAAGUAGACGGAUACCUUCCUGUUUACCGCCACAGCGGAAGAUAUUGAUCAGCAUCAGCAGUUUUUUUUUACGAGUUAAAAAAUAAAUUGAAGUGUUAAUUUGUGAUUUGUCACGUUGAUCAGAAGAAGCCAGUAGGAGGCAGCAGACACACACACACAUGUAAAACUGGCAUCUGCAGGCAGAGAUCAGUGGAAAACGAUCUUCAUGGUACAGAAAAGACUUCAAAUGAUUGGGGAUGUCCUGAAAUAUGUUCUGGAUGUGAAUGUUUAUUAAACAAAUGUACCUAAAAGGUC